UUUCCAGAUUGUGGCUAUGGCCUGCAUUAAUCUUGCUUCCAAAAUUGAAGAAGCUCCCCGUCGGAUAAGAGAUGUGAUCAAUGUUUUCCAUCACUUACGCCAACUAAGAAUAAAAAGCGACCAGCUACAUUUACCAAAGCCUGGGUGAUGUGGAGUGGUUCAUAGAGAUGAAGCUGUCGUCAUGGCAACAGACUCCAAGCCCAUUGAUACUUGAUCAGAACUACAUAAACACCAAAAAUCAAGUAAUCAAAGCAGAAAGGAGGGUGCUGAAGGAAUUGGGAUUUUGUGUUCAUGUCAAGCAUCCACAUAAGAUCAUUGUUAUGUACUUGCAAGUCUUAGAAUGUGAGCGUAAUCAAACACUCGUCCAGACAGCCUGGAAUUACAUGAAUGACACUCUUCGAACCAAUGUAUUUGUUCGAUUUCAACCAGAAACAAUAGCUUGUGCUUGCAUCUAUCUUGCUGCUAGAGCUCUUCAAAUUCCUUUACCUAAUCGUCCUCAUUGGUUUUUACUUUUUGGAACUACUGAAGAAGACAUUCAGGAGAUAUGUUUAAAAACACUUAAGCUUUACACUAGGAAAAAGCCUAAUUAUGAAUUGCUUGAUAAGGAAGUAGAAAAAAGAAAAAUGGCUCUACAGGAAGCUAAAUUAAAGGCCAAAGGAUUAAAUCCAGAUGGAACUCCAGCUCUUUCAACAUUGGGAGGCUUUUCACCUGCUUCCAAGCCCUCAUCUCCAAGAGAAAUAAAAACAGAAGAAAAAUCUCCAGUGUGUAUUAAUGCAAAAACUAUCAAAAAAGAACCAGAAGACAGGCAGAUGGUUUCCAAAAGUCCUUAUAACGGAAUGAGAAAAGAGAGCAAGCGAAGCAGAAGCAGUAGAAGUGGUAGCCGAUCAAAGUCAAGAACAAAAUCACGAUCCAGGUCUCACUCUCCAAGGAGACAUUACAACAAUAGACGGAGUCUCUCGGGAACCUACAGCUCAAGAUCCAGAAGCAGAUCACGUAGUCACAGUGGCAGCCCUCGAAGACACCAUAAUCACGGAUCACCCCAUCUAAAACCAAAGCACAGCAGAGAAGAACUGAAAGGAGUAAACAGACACAGUCACAAGCGGAAAAAGUCUCGUUCACGUUCUCAGAGCAAAUCUAGGGACCAUUCAGACCUCGUUAAGAAACACAGGCACGAGCGAGGACACCACAGAGAAAGGCGAGAAAGGUCUCGUUCGUUUGAGAGAUCACAUAAAAGCAAGCACCAUGGUGCUGGUCGAUCAGGACACAGCAGGCACAGGCGCUGAAUGUGGGUGCAUUGCUUAUUACCUUUGUUUGGAUGUUAUACAAGGUAUUGGGACUCUUUGAAACUUGAAGUCAAUUAGGAUUUAAAUUUGAAGCCCAGUAUGUCCAAGAAUGUAAGACACGUUCAAAAAAAUGUUGAAUGUUUGCACAUAAAAUACCUUAGCAGUAUCAUCUAAUUUGAAACAAUAAUCAGGUUAAAUUGUAUGUGUUUAGGAUUGUGGUAUCAAUAUGAAAACUGGAGAUCUGUUUCUGUACAAAUGUAUCUUAUUUUUAUACAAACAUUGCAGACAUUUCUAUUUAAGUAUAGUUAUUUGUUUAAGAUAAUGGUGGGUACUUUCUUACACUGGUUUUAGUCUGCAUGUGUAAAUUUUUUUUUACAAACAAAAAAUAAAAUAUACAACUUUUUACUA